UAAAUAUGGAACCUCAGUGCUGCGAGUUCUGUGGAGUGGAGAAAGCGAUUGUUUACUGUAAAUCUGAUUCGGCGCGUCUCUGUUUGCAUUGCGAUUACAUCGUUCAUUCUGCUAAUUCAUUAUCACGACGCCAUCUUCGAUCGUUGCUGUGCGACAAGUGCAAUGCUCACCCUGCCAUUCUGCGCUGUAUGGAUGAUAAAGUCUCCCUCUGUCAGGGCUGUGACUGGAGCGCCGAUGAUUGUUCUUCCCUUCCCCAACGCACUCACCUUCUUCAUUCUUACACUGGUUCCCCUUCCACGUCUGAGUUCUCCAGGAUUUGUACUUCCCUUCUCGAUUCCACUUCUUGUACCACUGCCUUCGACGCCACCGCUGAUUGGACCUCGCUUACGACGCCUUAUGUUAUUGCCGAUUCCAUCGAUUUGACGGACGUUGAAGCUCCCUCUGCCGCUGAAAAUUUGAAUGACGUUCAAACUUGCUCUAAGUUUGAGACCUGGAUCGCCGAUCCUGCUUCUGCGUCUCCUGAGAAUCCUUCUUAUCAACCGGAUUUUCUUUCCGAUGACUCGAAUCCUCCAAAGGAUGCUGAAACCAAUGAAAAUAAUGAUAUAUGUGAGAGUCUUAAUCUUGGCGAUCUUUCUCUCCACUUGGAAAAUGGGGAAGGGUUGUUUGACUCUCCGAAAGAUACAAUGAAAUUCGAGUUUGAUGCUGGAGAAUUGGAGUGUCUUCUAAUUGACAGAAACUUUCCGGUCACUGAAUCUAAUGUUCCUGUUGAGGACACUAUCGAGGCCUCAGAUUAUACGGGAUUUCAAUCAUCUGAAGUCGAUAUUUCCAUGAACAUGAUUCGAAACGGCAAUUCAAAUUGCACGCUUAUAAAUCCUAGUUGCAAAGGAAAUUUCAACAUUGGAUUUCCUGCUGCUCAGGUUCAUUCAAGUAUAUCAGUUUCACUGUCAAAUAUCACUGGCGAAAGCAGUGGUGCAGAUUAUCAAGACUGUGGUUUAUCGCCGGCGUUUUUGACUGAAACCUCAUGGGAUCCUAGCAUGGAAGCUAUUGGUCCACUAGCAAAGGAUCGGAAUAGGGAUAAAGCUAAGAUGAGAUACAAUGAAAAGAAGAAAACAAGAACAUUUGGAAAGCAAAUAAGAUACGCAUCUCGCAAAGCCAGAGCUGAUACUAGAAAAAGGGUUAAAGGUCGAUUCGUGAAAGCAGGCGAAGCCUAUGACUACGAUCCUCUCGUGACAAGAAACUUUUGAGCUAUGAUAAACAAUUUCAGCUCCUAAUUCCAAAACAUAUGUCAUAUUGAACAAGGUUGUAGAUAAAGAUGUAGCCAUAGCCAGUACAGCUUUAUAAUCGACAGAUAGUAUCAGCGAUAAUUUUGUCCAUACAGCAGUGACUCUAAAUUGCCCUGAAGAGCAAUGGUGAAAAUUUUUCAGAUAGGAGGAAACAAGUGGUAAAAAUCUUGAAGGACAACAUUGUUAUAUGAUGAUUUAGCCUCUUGCCUUUGCACCCACGCAAUUCAAUGGUCAAUAGGCAGAGCUACAACCCAAUUUUUUUUCGUUAGUACAUAAAUAAGAUUAUUCUGUUUUCACUCCCGCGUAAUCUGUUUUGGUCACUUUUGGAAGAGUUCAUAGUCUGAGAGUAUAACAAAAACAAUUUUGGUUCUUAGUAUAUAACUCCACUCUCUUUUAUUCAGUUACUAAUCUUUGCAUUUUGUGCUCAGAAAACACCAGCCAGAGAAAUUUUCCAGCAAACAUCGACUGAAACCUCUGACAGCGAUUUGUUUCUAACAUGUUUCUUCUAUUAUCUUCUUUUAGAAACCUUGUUAAUAUCACAGCCAGAGAGAUUUCUUUCACAGCCACCAUUGAUUCAAAUUAGAAGACAUAUUUUCAUGAGACAGUAACUUGGGGUUGCAAAAAACAAGCAAAUGAAGAAGAAUUCCAGUAUGAGUCUGGUUUGCAGACUGAAAGUUGAAGAUCAGAGAGAGAGAGAGAGAGAUGAAAAGAUACUAAGAUUCACAAAAAGAGAACAGGCGUUUUGAGCCUUACAGAACAACAUGUGCUAAGAUUGCGAUUGUCGUUGCAGUCAUUAGGAGGUUGGUUGCAGGUGACGAUGGUGGGGAGAAGGACCUGAGUAGAGGUUCCCAUGAGGUAUUUAUGGGUAAGGUUUUGGCAAACAUCGCAGAGAAUGCACCUAAUAUGCCUGAGAGCUAAGAAAUUAGCACCAUGAACCCACUUGUCACAUUUCCUACAUAAAUAAGCAUCAUCCGCUUGGCAGUACAAUGAAGCCCUCGAGUCACAGAGCUCGCACAUCACCACCGCACCCUCCGCCGAAUCACCACCCUUCUCAGCCACCGAAAACUCCCGGCAACCACCGCGGCUCCUCUGUUCCACCACCCCUCUGCACAUUGCUUCUUCUUCUUCUUCUUCUUCUGAAUCUAAAUGUAAAUGUGGCAUGCCACCAUAAGGCUUAUAUAUAUAUAUAUAUAUAGAUAGCAGAAUGA